AAAUGAAAAAAUUAGUUCCAAUGUAGAAAUUCGAACUUCGUUGUUUUGAUGUCGGGGGAACUUUUUCCCCAAUUAUUCUUCCGCCCCGCGAUAUCUGCCUCUGACCUCCUCUCUUUCUCUGUAUGUAUUGUAUGUAUAUAUCUGGGUGCUGAUCCUUUUCUUCGACUAAUCUUCGGCGAGCCAAGCAGUUGUAGAUCACUGUUAAUUUCUCAGGCCAUUGAAUCAUCCGAUCAGGCGAUAUAUUCCGAUCGAGCGAUUAAUCAUUCGGAAAACGAAGUUAGCAUAGGAGUCAUCGCCUUAGCCACAUUGGAGCUUUCUGCACUUGUUUGCCCCAACCCCGAGAUGAAAAAGGGAGGAAAAGAGAAUUGCAUCAUUUUCGAAGCUUGCAAAGGGAUGGAAGCACUUUUGUUUCAAUGUUUUGUUAGAUAAUAGUGUCGUGGGAUGAUUAUAACUUUUGUUUUGCUAGUGUUAGCACUUUUAUUAUCAGCGUCCGUUUUAUUGCAUUUCUAUUAUUAAGAUUUUUA